AGAGCGGGAAGCGGCGGGGCGGGGCGGCAGGUGCGGGGAUGCGGGCGAAGCGCGGGUAGCAGAGCCCCGCGUUCAGGGCGCCCCGUGUGGUUAGCGCGCGGCAUGUCUCAAGGGCCCCCGGCGGGCAGCGUCUUGCAGAGGAGUGUGGCAGCUCCUGGGAACCAGCCUCAGAGCCCUGAGGACGAUGACAGGAAGGUUCGAAGGAGAGAGAAAAACCGGGUUGCUGCUCAGAGAAGCCGGAAGAAGCAGACCCAGAAAGCUGACAAGCUCCAUGAGGAGUACGAGUGCUUGGAGCAGGAGAACACCGUCCUGCGCAGGGAGAUUUCAAAGCUGAAGGAGGAACUGCGACACCUGGGCGAGGCCCUGAAGGAGCAUGAGAAGAUGUGCCCGCUGCUGUGCCCUAUGAACUUUGUGCAGGUUCGGCCAGACCCUGUGGCCAGCUGUCUGCCACGAUGACACCCCAGCUCGCUCCUCUUUUGUCCAGCUCAGAACCUGGGUUUGCACACCCAAGAGUUUCCCUCCGCACACGAGUGCAGAGGUACCUGUGCCCCUCCUAGGAGCUCUGGGGCCAGCCUGGGCUCAGCAUGCACUCAGAAGGAACCUGUCUUUAAGCUCUAGAGCGGUGGACCCAGAAGGCGCCCACAGGAAUCACUCCUCACCCACUUUGGCAGCUAACCGGUCCUGGCCUUAGGCAGGCUCUUUCAUCUAGAAUUUGGAUAAUAAAGAUAGUUACCGUG